CGCAGCCACACUGCACAAACUCCCUUAAGACUUCACUUCUUUCUUUUAUGAUUCUUCACUUGAAACAAUUUCUUACCUUCCUUUUGCUUCUUGAGGGCUUUCUUUAUUUUGGGUCUGUUUGUUUUUGUGUUUCUUUCAGUUCCUCUCCUCAUUUUUUCUUUCCUUUCGACGAAAAAAUUUCAUCUUUGAAUGCUCUUUGAGAGAGGGUAUUGCAAUAAAGAAUGGUGAAAACCGUCAACUCUCCAUCUUCUUCUCCGGUGACCAUAACGGUCUCAUCAGGUGGCAAAGGAGGAGGAAGUCGAAGCAUGGGAUUAACAAGUCCAGUACCAAGAGCUUCAAUAUCAAACAACCCAAAUUCCCCUCUCAGCAACAGCAAGAACCGGAUCUCAAGCGGAGGCAGAUACUCUUCAAUGUCUAAAGAUGAUACCACGGAGGAGAUCAACUCAGAAUUUGUCACAUAUACAGUUCAUAUACCUCCUACUCCAGACCACCAGCCAAUGUCAGUCUCACAGAACAGCCUCUCUGAACAUAUCAACAACGCUGGCAAGCCUGAGAGGAGUUUCAUUUCGGGCACUAUCUUCACUGGUGGUUUCAAUUCAGUGACGCGUGGUCAUGUCAUUGACUGCUCAAUGGAAGUAACCAAGUCACUGAAAUCAGGGCUUGUUUGUGGGAUGAAGGGUUGUGAUGAUAAAGCAAUUCAAGGAAAAUGCGAGUGUGGAUUCAAGAUUUGUAGAGAUUGUUAUUUAGAUUGUGUGGGGUCUAAUGGAGUGGGCCAUUGUCCUGGUUGCAAAGAACCAUAUAUGGAUGUUGAUGAAAAGGAUUUUGGUGAAGAUGAUGAAGCUAAAAGCGAAGAAGAAGACCAGGCAUUGCCGUUGCCUAGGUUGGAUAAGAGGCUUUCCCUUGUAAAGUCAUUCAAGGCAAUGAAUCAUCCCCCUGAUUUUGAUCACACGCGAUGGUUGUUUGAGACAAAGGGAACUUAUGGGUAUGGGAAUGCGGUAUGGCCUAAAGAUGGUUAUGGAGCUGGGUCAGGGGCAAAUGGAUUUGAACAUCCUCCAGAUUUUGGAGAGAGAAGUAGGAGGCCUUUGACUAGGAAGGUUGGGGUAUCCGCUGCAAUUCUUAGCCCAUACAGACUACUAAUUGCAAUACGACUGGCCGCCCUCGGUUUGUUUCUUACAUGGAGAAUCCGACAUCCUAAUCGCGAAGCAAUGUGGUUAUGGGGGAUGUCCAUAACUUGUGAGACCUGGUUUGCCAUUUCGUGGCUUCUUGAUCAGCUUCCUAAGCUCUGCCCUGUAAAUAGGGUGACUGACCUUUCUGUGCUGAAAGAUCGCUUCGAAUCCCCCAAUCUUCGAAACCCAAAAGGCCGAUCAGACCUUCCUGGCAUUGAUGUGUUUGUUUCAACAGCCGAUCCUGAGAAAGAACCCCCUCUGGUCACUGCAAACACCAUUCUUUCAAUCCUUGCAGUUGAUUAUCCGGUGGAAAAGCUCGCUUGCUACUUAUCGGAUGAUGGUGGAUCUCUUUUGACGUUUGAAGCUCUAGCUGAGACUGCUAGCUUUGCCAGAAUUUGGGUUCCUUUCUGCAGAAAACACAAUAUAGAACCAAGGAACCCUGAGGCUUAUUUCGGGCAGAAGCGUGAUUUCCUUAAGAACAAAGUGAGGCUUGACUUUGUUAGGGAAAGGAGAAGAGUGAAGAGAGAAUAUGAUGAAUUUAAGGUGAGGAUUAAUUCGUUGCCUGAAUCAAUAAGGAGAAGAUCAGAUGCUUACAACGCCCAUGAAGAGCUUCGAGCGAAGAAGAAACAGAUGGAAAUGGGUGGCAAUCCAUCAGAACCUAUUAAGGUACCAAAGGGUACUUGGAUGUCAGAUGGUUCCCAUUGGCCUGGGACUUGGGCUUCAGGAGAGACCGACCACUCAAGGGGGGACCAUGCUGGUAUAAUUCAGGCAAUGUUAGCCCCACCAAAUGCAGAACCUGUUUUGGGGGCAGAAGCAGAUGGGGAGAAUUUGAUCGACACAACAGAAGUUGACAUCAGAUUGCCAAUGCUGGUCUACGUGUCUCGUGAGAAGAGGCCAGGUUAUGAUCACAACAAGAAAGCUGGAGCUAUGAAUGCUCUAGUUAGAACUAGUGCAAUCAUGUCAAAUGGUCCAUUCAUUUUAAAUCUCGACUGUGAUCACUAUAUUUAUAACUCUCUGGCUUUGAGGGAGGGAAUGUGCUUUAUGCUUGAUAGAGGUGGUGACAGGAUCUGUUAUGUUCAAUUUCCACAAAGGUUUGAGGGGAUUGAUCCAAGUGAUCGCUAUGCUAACCACAACACGGUGUUCUUUGAUGUAAGCAUGAGAGCUCUUGAUGGGUUGCAGGGUCCAAUGUAUGUAGGAACGGGCUGCAUUUUCCGCAGAACGGCUCUGUAUGGGUUCGGUCCUCCUAGAACCACAGAACACCAUGGAUGGUUUGGCAGAAAGAAAAUCAAGUUGUUUUUGAGGAAACCCAAGACGACAAAGAAGGAUGAGAUGGAAUUUUCAAUCAACGGGGACCACAAUGAUGAUGAUGCAGAUAUUGAGUCUUUACUUUUACCAAAAAGGUUUGGAAACUCCACUUCUCUGGCUGCGUCUAUCCCCAUUGCAGAGUACCAGGGAAGGUUGCUUCAAGAUGUGCAAGGAAAGGGCAAUCAAGGAAGACCAGCAGGUUCCCUUGCUGUUCCUAGGGAGCCUUUGGAUGCUGCAACUGUUGCAGAGGCAAUUAGUGUUAUCUCUUGCUUCUAUGAGGACAAAACUGAGUGGGGCAAAAGGGUGGGAUGGAUCUAUGGUUCUGUGACAGAAGAUGUGGUGACUGGUUAUCGAAUGCACAAUCGAGGAUGGAGGUCUGUCUAUUGUGUAACCAAAAAGGAUGCAUUUCGUGGGACAGCUCCAAUUAAUCUAACAGACAGGCUUCACCAAGUCCUUCGAUGGGCAACUGGCUCAGUUGAAAUAUUUUUGUCAAGGAACAAUGCUCUAUUUGCUAGUCCCCGGAUGAAAUUCUUACAGAGGGUGGCAUAUUUCAACGUGGGAAUGUACCCUUUUACCUCUAUGUUUCUCAUAGUAUAUUGUGUUCUACCUGCGGUAUCUCUAUUUUCUGGUCAAUUCAUUGUCCAAUCUCUUAGCGUGACCUUCCUAGUGUUCUUGUUGGCCAUCACAAUUACCCUAUGCUUGCUUGCACUCCUGGAAAUCAAGUGGUCAGGAAUCACUCUCCAUGAUUGGUGGCGAAAUGAACAGUUUUGGUUGAUUGGGGGAACAAGUGCCCAUCCUGCAGCAGUACUGCAAGGACUGCUGAAAGUUAUAGCAGGAGUUGACAUCUCAUUCACAUUGACGUCUAAAUCUGCCACACCUGAUGAGGGAGAUGAUGAGUUUGCUGAGCUAUAUGUGGUAAAAUGGAGCUUCUUAAUGGUACCUCCAAUCACAAUAAUGAUGUUGAACCUGAUUGCAAUUGCAGUAGGAGUAGCAAGGACCAUGUAUAGUACUUAUCCACAAUGGAGCAAGCUUCUUGGAGGAGUGUUCUUCAGCUUCUGGGUAUUGUCCCAUCUAUACCCAUUUGCAAAAGGCUUAAUGGGAAGAAGGGGGAAGGUCCCAACCAUUGUCUAUGUCUGGUCCGGAUUGCUCUCCAUCAUCAUUUCUCUGCUCUGGGUGUACAUUAGUCCUCCUUCUGGAAGGGAAGAAGACUACAUGAAGUUUCACUUCCCUUGAUAUAUGAAGUUUCACCUCCUGGUUAUAUUAUAUAUGUAGGCAUGUGGGCUAUAUGUAACAGCAGCAGACAAAAUGUGAAGUUUCUCAACUUCAUCUUUGUAGUUUUACUUUACUCUGUAAUUGAUUUGAAUUCUGCACCUUCA